AUGCAAGAAGAAUUUGGUCAGUUUGAAAGGAAUAAGGUGUUGGAGCUAGUUCCUCGACCUAUAUGUACAAAUGUGAUUGGAACUAAGUGGGUCUUCAAAAACAAGACUGACGCUAAUGGCAUAGUCACUAGAAACAAAGCUCAUCUUGUAGCCGUUAUUCUCAAAUUGAAGAGUGCCUUGUUGAAUAGGUACUUGAAUGAAGAGGUGUACAUGGAAUGGCUUAAGGGAUUUAUUGAUUCUGUCCACCCUGAUUAUGUGUUCAGACUUAGGAAAGCCCUGCAUGGCCUAAAACAAGCUCCUCAAAUUGGAAAUCAGUGCGUAAACAGGCAGCUGCUUGGGAAGAUUAAGCAGGCGGCUCACCAUAGUGAGCGAGAGCGAGAACGAGAUAAGGAAGAGGUGGAUCUCGCUAAGGAGGAAAAUCUCGCUGGUUUUGCACUGAAUCUCGCUGGAAAGUGGAGUAUGAUUGGAAGUUUCUUAUAUCUUACAGCAAGAAGAUCUGAUAUAGCCUUUGUUGUGGGAGUUUGUGCUAGAUACCAAAACAAGACCAGAAACAGUCAUUUGCUAAGUGUUAAACAUAUUAUCAAAUAUACCUAUGGGACUAGUGAGUAUGAAAUUUUGUAUACUUUUGAUACUAAUAGCUCUCUUGUUGGACAUUUUGAUGUAGAUUGGGUCGGAAGUUCAGAAGAUCAAAAGCACUUCUAG